AACAACGAGUUUUGAGCUGAGAGAGAGCUUUGCGAUUCCAUCAAUUGUUGACUCGUUUCUGCCCUGGCAAUUGAUACCAGCGUAGUAUUGCACUGCACUCGGUUGUGGGAAUCUCCCGGCUCGAUUAUUUGAGCAUAUAAUCUCGUUGCAAAGCUGAAUUAAAACGGCAGUAUAUCUCCGCUGAUUGCAACGAACACAUCGAUUGGAAAUGGAAUCGCAUACCUUUGUCUUGCUGCUGCUCAUUGGCUGCCUGAUUGUUGGCUGUUGUGUGGCGGCACCUCAGGGCUGCAAUGGCGGCUUCUAUGCCAAAAACGGCAAUUUGGUGCUCGAUCUGAAGGACAUACAAGGCCUGCUCAACUGUGUUAACAGGCAGCAUCAACAACGCGGAUAAUCGUACAUUAAGUUCUAUAACAAUACACUGUGCAAUGACAAAAAAAACACGAAAAAUGUCCAAUAAAAACCUCUAAGCCAACCAACUAUUGAUGGUAAUUGAAAUUGGUGAGCCUGUUUGCCAAUACACAACUGCUUAUGCAGGUGAAGUGGUCAUCGCACGCGCGUGUUGUAUUAACAACAUUGCUUAUGUCAGAUUUUAUUAGCGCGCACAUGUUGGGAUAGAAAAUAAAUAAAAGCAGAAAUAAUAA